AUGAUGAAUACCCGUCGUCCUCCCUCUCGCAUGAGGACGAACUCUUCCACUUCCAUGCCUCCUCCAACUCUGAGGCCCCGUUCCGUAAUGACCAAGUCAGCUUCUUCUUCGCGUUCUGGAGAAGAACAGUUGGAACAUGGUGCCGCACCAGCCGUACACAAACAGCUAAAACAUACAGAUGAUCCCGAUACAAACAUCCAAGUCAUCAUUCGCUGUAGGCGUCGCUCCGACCGCGAAAUUCAAGAGAACUCGCCGAUAAUCGUCAAUUCGAAAGGUGCAAAGAGUAACCAAGUUUCCAUCGAAACAACAGCACCAGUCUCCACUCUUGGAGUAGUCACACUUCCUCCAGUCCGAACAUAUCCGUUCGACUUGGUGUAUGGUCCAGAAGCAGAUCAAGCAAUGAUAUACCAUGAUGUCGUUGGUCCAAUGCUGCAACAAGUUCUGGAGGGCUAUAAUUGCACUCUUUUUGCAUAUGGUCAGACCGGAACGGGGAAAACCUACACAAUGCAAGGCGACUUGACCAAGACACCGUUGGGAAACCCCUCUCCUCAUGCAGGAAUGAUACCUCGAGUUCUCUUCCGUCUCUUCCACCAACUAGAACAAUCCAAAGUUGACUUCAGUGUGCGCGUUUCCUUUAUAGAACUUUACAACGAGGAACUGCGUGAUCUCCUGGCCAGUGAACUAUCUGCACCAAUUGGUUCUACCCAGCCGAUGGGUAUGGCAUCGAAGGAUGCCACCAAGAAUGCUGGUUCCAACAUCAAAAUCUUCGACGACUCCAAUAAGCGCGGAGUUAUCAUUCAGGGCAUUGAGGAGGUUCCUGUCAAGAGUUCUGCAGACGCAUUAGCUCUUUUGACGAAGGGCAGCGAGAGGAGACAGAUCGCGGCUACCAAAUUUAACGACCAUUCUAGUCGUUCUCAUUCUAUCUUCUCCCUCACCGUGCACACAAAGGAAGCUGGAGUAGUGGGUGAAGACUUGUUAAGAAUAGGGAAAUUGAACAUGGUGGAUCUUGCCGGCUCAGAAAAUAUAGGAAGGUCUGGCGCAGAGAACAAGAGGGCCAGGGAAGCCGGUAUGAUUAACCAGAGUCUUCUAACGCUUGGGAGGGUAAUCAAUGCCUUGGUGGACAAGGCACAACAUGUCCCAUAUCGGGAAUCCAAGUUGACUCGUAUACUCCAAGAUUCAUUGGGCGGUCGCACCAAGACCUCGAUCAUUGCCACUAUCUCUCCUGCGCGCUCAAAUUUAGAGGAAACGCUCUCGACCUUAGACUACGCGAUGAGCGCCAAGUCGAUCCGCAACAAGCCUGAAAUCAACCAGCGCAUGACGCGCAAUUCCCUUCUAAAGGAGUACGUUGCGGAAAUCGAACGCCUCAAAGCUGACGUUCUUGCUGCCCGAGAGAAGAACGGAAUUUUCUUUUCUGAAGAGACCUGGGCACAGAUGGAUACCGAACGUGAACUGCGGGAAACGGAGAUUGAGGAAGCAAAGAAGCAGGUUGAAAUCAUAGAGAAUCAAAUGAGCGUGGUUCGGGAGGAGUUCGAGCAGAGCAUUGGACUGUUGAUGAAGCGUGAUGCCGAGCUCAAGGAUACGAAGCACCGCUUAGAUGUCACAGAGGUGGAGCUGAGUGAGAGGAAGGAGGAGCUGAGAGGGGUGAAGGUGGCCUUAGAAGAAGAGACCGUGAUACGCCGAGCGCAUCAGAAAACCGAAAUUACCCUGGAUGCUGUGGCUAACGGAUUGAGAAGUGUAGCCAAGGAGAGCGUUCACGACGUGUCGGCCCUGUUCCAGAAACUUGAACGCAAAUCUGCAGUCUUGGGGUCAAACUCAAAAGCCGUCUCCAAUCUCACCCAAGCUCUGUUUACUGCCUCUAAAUCGCUGACUAGCUCUCUCGACGGCUUCGUUGGUUCUUCUGGCCAAAUUACUGCUCAAUUACGAGAAACCACCGAGUCGUUCAAGAUCAAAGAGAUGAAGACACUGGAGAACUACUCAAAACGAAUAACUGAGCAGUUGCAAUAUAUCAAGAGUAACAUACAAACCAUUCGUGCUCACGAUGGAGCUGAAGACGAGGCAAUAGCCUCUCUCGAAAUGAUGCUGAAUGACACCUACGAGACUUUUAAUACUGGUUUCGCUUCGUGGUCCGAAAGCUUACAGAAGACUUGUCAGCAGACGCACGAAGAAUUGGACCAUGCAUCCUCGCAGACCUUAUCUGAAGCUCACAUGGCUGUGAAGUCCAUCCACACCACUAUGGAGUAUGUCUUGCAGGAGACUGCGAAAUAUUUCGAAAGUGAGCAGGUAGUGCUCACCAAAGCCAGUGCCAUUGUCCAACAGUCGACAGACGGUGAAGUAGGGCGACUUCGAGAACAGAACCGUACUUUGAUGGCAUUGGUCGAGAAACAAAAGGCUGACGCGAAUAAAGCAAAGGAAGACUUGCUGCAGAAAGUUUCGGGUCUGCUUGUGAACUUUGUCAAUGAGCAGGAUCGCGGACUUCGAGAUGCCGCUGCUUCAAUAAGGGAUGCCAAUAUUGCUUCAGAAAAUGGAAUGAGGUCCCAUCACCAACAGCAUAGGCAGGUAAUCGAUUCUUUGGAUCAAUCAAGAGCACCGUUAAUUGCGUUAUCUGAAAAAUCCCGGUCUGACGCGAAGAGAAUGAGGGAUGGCUCAGUCAAGACAUUGAAGGACGCGAAGAUCGCAAUUCACGAUCGAAUUCGGAACAACGAGAAGACGAUAACGGAGUCUUUUCACGGUUUCUCUACUGAACUUCAGCAGCGAACGCAAGAAAUGUCCAAUACUUCCAAGGAUGCCUUUGCUCGUCACUUGCGAUCCAAACGAGCAAGACUCGACGACACGGAGCGCCUCAACACCGGACUUCAAUCCCAUUAUACCUCUCUGCACCGCGGUUUGGGAUCCAUUUCAGAAGAUAUCGGGAACUUCGCAGCUCAGACUAUAGACAAUACCUCCAACUUGGCAGAUGUAACGUCUGCGUACCAUACAGCCAGUACAUCACAGCUAACCGUUGUGGAGAAGACUACAAUGGCGUUGUCUGACCAAGGCACGAAGGAAGACAUUCAAACCGGUUCUACGCCUCGAAAACGCUCAUGGCGCUACGUCGAUGAAUGGGAUCUUACGGAGGAUCGAAAGAUUCUUCUUGGAACGUGGAGAAGUCACGGAAUGUCCGGCGUCGGUAGCGAGACGUUCUUGGCGGAGCACCUUCCGCUCCCUGCUGAAGAUGAGGAUCUGCCUGAGGAAAUUGAGACAAUGGAUGUAGAUAUCGAACCGAUGCCAUCAAGGUCCCAAUCACCAUCUACCAGCGAACAAGAAGUCCCCAUUGUGAACUCUUUGCAAUCUUCCUCCGCUUCAUCGACCUCCUCUGCAUUACCCGUACGACCAACUCAUACCCGACAGAAGUCAAUACCCAUUCUCAAAAAGGCCUCAGGCAAGGCCCCCCAGCCUCAGCCCCCCCUUAUCGAUACGCGCAACGUCUACACUACUCGGGGGUCAAGAAGACGAGGAUGA